CCCCCCUAGGAAGUUCCCUACCAAAGCUUGUUGCGUCCAGCCACGAACACGAUUGCCGAGCCUCUCAAAGUCUGUCUUAUAUUCCCUCAGGGUACCCGUCUGCCGGAUUCGUGAAAGAGCUUCGUCAAACCCAGUGCCAACUGUUGGACCGAAUCGAGCCCAUAGCUCCGUUGUGAAGCUCUCCCAUGUUAUGGGUAUUCCAUCCUUGCGGUACGUGCGUCGUAGCCAUUGCCACCAUUGAUUCGCAUCGCCCUCGAGAUGGUAAGAGGCUUGUGUAACCUUCUGGCCCUCUGGAAUGGCUUGGAACUCAAAGAAUUGUUCCACUCGAGAGAACCAGACGGUGGGAUGUUCUCCGGCAUAGGUGGGAAACUCCAGACGAGCAAGUUUAGCCCCAAAAAAGGGUUGGCGGUCUUGAUCGUCAUCAACCACACGUGGGUGUCGUCGGCCACGACCAUUGACAGAUCGUUCGCCAUCGUCGGCGGAUCGUGCGUCGGACCUGGCUGCUUGAUCUUGAGCGAUCUGAUUAACAACGGUCUGGACGGCCGGCAGUUGAUUGAUGAUCGCCUGGAUGCCGGUUUGGUUCUCUUGAGUAGCGGUUUCGAGAGCUUCGAUGCGUUGAGCGUGUGUGCCGUUGCCGGGCUCUGAUACCAAAUGAUACGGGCUGAAAUUAUAUCGAUCGGGGUCUCCCUUUUCUUGGCAGGAAGAGGCCAGUGCUCUACUUUCUUGGCUAGAACUACCAGUGUGUCUAUUGACUCAAUAAUGCUUGCCGUUUAUUCAUUCAUGGAGAACUUAAAUAACCAAUGUUUGAAACAAAGAAAUCCUAAUAAGCAGGAACUACUUUCCCACAUCUACCUAACCCUCCUCCACUUAAGGUGGAGAUGAUAUUUAUUUGGAACAACCAAAACAACCAAUUGCAGAUACCCUCUUGACUCGUUCCAUAACAAACACUACUCCUACCCUCGGCAAGCUCAAUGGUUCCUGUUUACUCGUAAUCGCGGUAGCGGGAGUUGGGCUGUGGUACCUGGGUCGAAUGACGUGGAGGCCCAUCAUGACAUGGUGGCCCAUCACAAGUCUCGUUCCUACUAAGUAAAUACGAAUUCAAUUC